GAACGUAUAAUAUCGAAAAGCAUUAUUUUUUUAAUAUCGAAUAUAACAUAUCAAUGAAUUAACGAACGUUCGAUGAAAUUUUAUUAUGAAAUUACCUGAAUGUGGACUAAAUUUCUACGGUACGUGAUUGUUAGCCGAGAAAUGUCGAAACAAGGAGGCAAGAAAACUAAAAAAACUCAGAACAUCGUUGGCGAUGUAAAUAAUACGAUCACCACAGGACCUAUAACCGUUAAUAAAGAUGGAAAAAUAUUAAUAAAAAUUCAAGCGAAACCCGGAGCUAAGCACAACGGUAUAACAGAUAUUUCAGAAGAAGCCGUUGGUGUUGCAAUAUCUGCACCUCCUGUACAAGGCGAAGCAAAUACCGAACUCAUCAAAUAUUUAGCCUCUGUAUUAGGUUUAAGAAAGUCAGAUGUAAUGUUGGAUCGAGGAUCUAAAGGUAGACAAAAAGUGAUCACUGCGACUGGGAUUACAGUGGAUGAAGCACUGCAAAGGUUUAAAAAGGAAAUUGGUGAUCAAUCUUAGAUCAAUGUUAGGACUUGACCUGUCAACAUUUUUUAUUAUAUUAUUUUUCUUUCGUCAAUUCUAUUCUCUAUAUAAUUCAUAUCUGCUGUACAUACAAUAUACUGCAAUUUAAAAAAUAG